AGCGGCGUUUCCUCGGGCCCCGGAAGCCGGCCAGUCCUCCGGGCUCCGUCUCCCGCUGGUGCUGAGGCCCUGGGGGAGUCGGAGGACCUUGACGGUUCAGGCCCGCCUGAGAGGACGGCGAGGCCCGGGAACGCGUGGCCUCUGAGGCGGCGGGGCUGGCGGGCCAGCUCCUCGGGCGCUGGGCUCUCGUCAGCCGCUGGGCUCUCGUCAGCCGCUGGGCUCUCGUCAGCCGCUGGGCUCUCGUCAGCCGCGGCCCCGAGAGCGGGCCGCCCGGGUCCCGGACGCCUUCCGCGGCUCUCCCUCCUCCCUCUGAGGGGGCUUCGCUGGGCUGCUGGCUCCCUUCGCCGCCCAGACCCCGAAGGGCCCCGCCCUGAGCUCCUCGUGAGACAGCGAGCCGUUGGCUUGUGACACUUCCCACUGCCCCGGGUACGUGUUGUAUCCUAACCUGCUGUCUCAGGGGUGCCUGCUGCCAUCAUGGGAAACCAGCUCGCUGGCAUUGCUCCCUCCCAGAUCCUUUCUGUGGAGAGUUAUUUCUCAGACAUCCAUGACUUUGAAUAUGAUAAGAGUCUGGGGAGUACUCGGUUCUUUAAAGUUGCUCGAGCGAAGCACCGAGAAGGCCUGGUGGUUGUGAAGGUCUUUGCAAUUCAGGAUCCCACGUUGCCUCUCACGAGCUAUAAACAAGAGCUGGAGGAACUGAAAAUCAGGCUUCAUUCUGCCCAGAACUGUCUGCCUUUCCAGAAAGCUGCCGAAAAAGCAUCUGAGAAGGCAGCCAUGCUCUUCAGGCAGUACGUGCGAGACAACCUCUACGACCGCAUCAGCACCCGUCCGUUCUUAAAUAACAUAGAGAAGCGCUGGAUCGCUUUCCAGAUCCUCACAGCUGUGGACCAAGCGCACAAGUCCGGCGUCCGUCAUGGGGACAUCAAGACGGAGAACGUGAUGGUCACCAGUUGGAACUGGGUUCUUCUAACGGAUUUUGCCAGUUUCAAGCCCACUUACCUUCCAGAGGACAACCCGGCAGAUUUCAACUAUUUUUUUGACACUUCACGGAGGAGAACUUGUUACAUUGCUCCUGAACGUUUUGUCGAUGGUGGAUUGUUUGCCACAGAGUUAGAAUAUAUGAGAGAUCCUUCAACUCCACUUGUAGACUUAAACAGCAAUCAGAGAACAAGAGGAGAAUUGAAGCGAGCAAUGGAUAUCUUUUCAGCAGGUUGUGUGAUCGCCGAGCUUUUUACAGAAGGCGUGCCUCUGUUUGAUCUCUCUCAACUGUUGGCCUAUAGAAACGGGCAGUUUUUCCCUGAGCAGGUGCUGAGUAAAAUUGAAGAUCGCAGUAUAAGAGAAUUGGUAACUCAGAUGAUUCACCGUGAACCAGAUAAACGUUUAGAGGCAGAAGAUUACUUAAAGCAGCAACGUGGCAAUGCCUUUCCUGAAAUAUUCUAUACUUUUCUUCAGCCCUAUAUGGCCCAGUUUGCCAAAGAAACAUUUCUUUCUGCAGAUGAGCGUAUUCUGGUUAUAAGGAAGGAUUUGGACAACAUCAUUCACAAUCUGUGUGGACACGAUCUGCUGGAGAAAGCAGAUGGAGAGCCCAAGGAGAAUGGGCUGGUUAUCUUGGUGUCAGUUAUAACAUCCUGCCUGCAGACCCUGAAGUACUGCGACUCCAAGCUUGCCGCUUUGGAACUUAUUCUCCAUUUGGCCCCAAGAUUAAGUGUAGAAAUUCUUUUGGAUCGUAUUACACCUUACCUUUUGCAUUUCAGCAAUGACUCUGUUCCCAGAGUAAGGGCCGAAGCCUUGAGGACAUUGACUAAAGUUCUUGCUCUGGUGAAGGAGGUUCCUCGCAACGAUGUCAACAUUUACCCAGAGUACAUCCUGCCAGGCAUAGCCCACUUGGCCCAGGAUGACGCCACAAUCGUCAGGCUAGCCUAUGCUGAAAACAUAGCUCUGCUGGCAGAAACAGCUUUGAGAUUCCUGGAAUUAGUACAGUUGAAAAAUCUCAACGUGGAAAACGACCCAAAUAGUGAAGAAAUAGACGAAGUGACACAUCCCAGCGGAAACUAUGACACAGAGCUCCAAGCCUUACAUGAAAUGGUCCAGCAGAAAGUUGUCACUUUGCUGAGUGACCCUGAAAAUAUCGUGAAACAAACGUUAAUGGAAAACGGGAUAACAAGGCUGUGUGUGUUCUUUGGACGCCAGAAAGCCAAUGACGUUUUGCUGUCCCACAUGAUCACUUUCCUGAAUGAUAAAAAUGAUUGGCAUCUGCGUGGAGCUUUUUUUGAUAGUAUAGUUGGUGUCGCUGCCUAUGUUGGCUGGCAGAGCUCCUCAAUUCUCAAACCCCUGCUGCAACAAGGUCUUAGUGAUGCUGAGGAAUUUGUUAUUGUGAAAGCUCUUAACGCCCUUACCUGUAUGUGUCAAUUAGGGCUGCUGCAAAAACCUCAUGUCUACGAGUUUGCCAGUGAUAUUGCCCCGUUUCUGUGUCAUCCCAACCUAUGGAUACGCUAUGGUGCUGUGGGAUUUAUCACCGUGGUAGCUCACCAAAUAAGCACAGCUGAUGUCUACUGCAAACUGAUGCCUUACCUUGAUCCAUAUAUUACUCAACCAAUAAUACAGAUUGAAAGGAAACUUGUUCUACUCAGUGUUUUAAAAGAGCCAGUAAGUCGUUCUAUAUUUGAUUAUGCUUUGAGGUCAAAAGAUAUCACUAGCUUGUUCAGACAUCUUCACAUGCGUCAGAAGAAGCGAAACGGGUCUCUUCCUGACUGCCCUCCACCUGAGGAUCCUGCCAUAGCACAGCUGCUGAAGAAGUUGCUCUCACAGGGAAUGACAGAGGAAGAGGAAGACAAGCUUUUGGCUCUGAAAGACUUCAUGAUGAAAUCUAACAAAGCAAAGGCCAAUAUAGUGGAUCAGAGUCAUCUCCAUGACAGUAGUCAGAAAGGUGUAAUUGAUUUGGCAGCCUUAGGUAUAACUGGGAGACAAGUUGAUCUUGUUAAAACCAAACAGGAACCAGAUGACAAGCGAGCAGCGAUGCCCAACCUUUUUGGCACCAGUGACCGACAAUUUUUCCACAGAAAGCAUGUGAAACAAGACUCAAAUGUCAAUGAAGAGUGGAAAAGCAUGUUUGGCUCUCUGGAGCCACCGAGCAUGCAGCAGGCCCUGCCUAAAGGGAGUGAUCAGGAAGUGACACCGGCUGGGAAGCCGCCUCGUUCCGAGUCCUCCGCUGCUAUCUGCGUCCCUUUGUCGACCUCUCCGCAGGUUCCAGAAGUGACAAAUGUCCAAAAUAGAAAACCAACAGUACAGGUUUUAAGUAGUACAAUUUUACCGUCCACUUACCAGAUCCGGAUCACAACGUGUAAAACUGAGCUUCAGCAGCUCAUACAGCAGAAACGGGAGCAGUGCAAUGCCGAGAGGAUAGCUAAGCAGAUGAUGGAAAACGCCGAGUGGGAGAGUAAACCCCCACCACCUGGGUGGCGGCCUAAGGGGCUACUCGUGGCACAUCUUCACGAACAUAAGUCUGCUGUGAAUCGGAUUAGAGUCUCUGAUGAACAUUCACUGUUUGCCACCUGUUCAAACGAUGGCACAGUGAAAAUCUGGAACAGUCAGAAGAUGGAGGGGAAGACCACCACCACCAGGUCUAUCCUCACAUAUAGCCGAAUUGGGGGCCGUGUCAAGACGCUCACAUUCUGCCAGGGUUCCCACUACUUAGCCAUAGCGUCUGAUAACUGUGCCGUCCAGCUUCUUGCGAUUGAGGCCUCUAAGCUGCCCAAGUCUCCCAAGAUUCAUCCUCUGCAGAACAGAGUCCUAGACCAGAAGGAGGACGGCUGCGUGGUGGACCUGCAUCACUUCAGCUCCGGGGCGCAGUCUGUGCUGGCCUACGCCACCGUGAACGGCGCUCUGGUGGGCUGGGACCUCCGCUCCUCCAGCAAUGCCUGGACACUGAGGCACGAUCUCAAGGCAGGCCUCAUCACCUCCUUUGCUGUGGACAUCCACCAGUGCUGGCUCUGCAUUGGCACGAGCAGCGGCACCAUGGCCUGCUGGGACAUGCGCUUCCAGCUGCCCAUCUCCAGCCACUGCCACCCGUCGCGGGCUCGCGUCCGGCGCCUCUCCAUGCACCCACUCUACCAGUCCUGGGUGAUUGCAGCUGUCCAGGGCAACAACGAGGUGUCCAUGUGGGACAUGGAGACGGGCGACCGAAGGUUUACCCUCUGGGCCAGCAGUGCGCCCCCGCUGUCCGAGUUACAGCCUUCUUCUCACAGUGUCCACGGGCUCUACUGUAGUCCUGCAGAUGGCAACCCCAUCCUGCUAACGGCGGGCUCAGACAUGAAAAUAAGGUUUUGGGACCUGGCCUACCCAGAGAGGUCCUAUGUGGUCGCGGGGAGCACGGGGUCCCCGUCCGUGUCCUACUACAGGAAGGUCAUUGAAGGCACCGAAGUCGUCCAGGAGAUUCAGAACAAGCAGAAAGUGGGGCCGAGUGAUGACGGCCCGCGGAGGGGCCCGGAGUCCCUGCCCGUGGGCCACCACGACAUCAUCACGGACAUCGCCACCUUCCAGACCACGCAGGGCUUCAUCGUGACCGCCUCUAGGGACGGCAUUGUUAAGGUGUGGAAGUGAAGCCCGGGAGAUGCGUGUAAUUUGCGAAAUCACAGCAAUACCCUGUGACUCGAGAAAAAGUGCUUUUAGAGAACAGAGUGAGCGCAGAUUCCUUUGCUUAGUUUUUGGAAUCAUGUCUAUUUCGUGAUUAAACAGAUCCCAUGCAAGGUGGCUAAGGAACUUGCUGGCAUCCUUGUGUGUGUCUCAGCUGGAAUUAGCUAGACAGCAGUAUCUGGCGCUUUUAUUGUAUAUAUCACAGAGAUAAGGAAUUUAAAAUGACUUCCACGAUCUCAGUUUACUUUGUAUUAAAAAAAGACAGGUGAAAGUUGGUUGUAAGCUGUUACAAAGUAAAUGCAUUUUUCUUUUGCUAUUAAAAAUGCUAUUCAAACCAGCCAAUAAACUGUAUUCAAGCCUCUUAA